AUGAAAGACUUUGUGUUCGACAUUGUGUACUUUGUAUUUCUGGAUCCGGGACCCUUUUCUGGGUCUAUUUCUGUCAUGUACGGUUACAAUCAAGGGAAUUACGGGAACUAUGGAUCUGCCUACACAGCGGCCGCUGCAGCUGCAGCAGUUUAUGGAAAUCUAGGUGUUGGUCAAGCCGCUUCUCAAGCUCAACAGCAGUCAAGCAGCGUGUUCGGGUCGUCAACAACCAAUCCAUACGCUACCUAUAACUCUGUUGCGGCUUCUUACGGAUAUGGGAACCAAUCUACGAAUGCGGCCUCAAUGUAUGCCGCACAAGCUGCUCAGGCACAAGUGCAAGCCACUCAAGUGAGUCGUUUGUCUGCUGAUGCAGCAUAUGCUGCUGCCGCUGGCGUUGCCCCGAGCCAAUAUUCAACAUUCGGAGCUGGACAAAUUGCAGGCUUUGGCUCUGCCCAACCAAGUGCCGGAGCCACUGUUGGGUACGGCAGGCCGACGGCAACGGCAACGAACCAUGCUGCGAAAUCUCUUGCUGCAAUUGCUAGCACAAACAAUAAAUCCGCCCUUACAAUUAGUUGGAUUUCAAGACUUGUUCAGACGUCGUUUUAUGGUUUUUAUGCUGUUAAAACUCCUCCAACUCUUAUUCGAAUUUUGACGCGGCUGUUUAUGCUGCAGCGUCUUCUUAUCUACACUCAAAAGCAACAGGAACUACGAAUGCGUGGAUGA